AUGCCGGACAGCAACGACCACGUCCUCCGGGACAUCUUACGCCUGAUACAAUACUUGCAACCCAGCGACCGGGUGUCUGAGAGCGGAGUUCUGUACGACGGUCUGUUCGAGGAAAUUGCAGAUGAAAGCGUUGAUAUCGCCAAAGACCUAUCGCCUCCCGCCGACAUGGCAGAUGUCGUCGGCACUUCUACAGACUGGGUGGCUGUCGGCGUGUGUUUACUGCUCGCAACUCCGGUGGUCUGGAGAGCCGGCAAGCACGUCUGCGAUGUUGGUCUUACUGAACCGCAAGCUCAUCAGGCCCAGCAACUGUUCGCCGUAACAGAAGAGCGACUAGCUGACCAGUCACCCGCUACAUCGAAUCAUCGCCAGAACUACGACUACAGGCCUCCAACGGUGUCAGAUGCGGAUUCUGAAACAUCUGACGACACCAUCGGUUCUGGAGAGACUGUGACCAUCGCCAUCUCCGAUGAUGAGGACGACGCUCUGGAGUCCAUGGACUUGAUCCAUGAUGACGAUGAGAUACGUGAUCAUGAGUGGUAG